AAAGAGCACAGAAGAACAGUAGCGCUACCGUAAUAUUUCUACAGUGUAUUCAGCCCGCUGUUGAACACCAUUAAGAUACUACAAUAAUUCAUUUAUAUACUAUACGAUAAAUGUUUUUGAAAGACGUGACUCCGUCAUGAGUGUUAUUGCUAUAAUAGUGAAAGCACGUUGAAGUAAUCGGAGAUUUUAGUGCCGUUGAGAGAAACAGCCAAGGUGCAGUUAAUCGCUUACGCCUAUUAAUCGCACGUUUGACCGAGUUAAGCGCUGCCCUUGUCAAAGUUCACGACUUUGCUAUCCACGAUGUUGGCAUUUCGAGCCUUGACACCCAAAUCAUGUCCCUCUCUGGUGAGGAUUCACACUAGUGCCCGGUGGAGCGGCGCUAGGGUCGCUGUGGUGUUGUCAGGCUGUGGGGUGUAUGAUGGUACAGAGAUCCACGAGGCAUCGGCAAUCCUGGUGCACCUGAGUCGAGGAGGUGCAGAGGUCCAGAUGUUUGCACCUGAUGUGGAACAGAUGCACGUUAUAGACCACCGCAAGGGGCAGCCUGCAGAGAUGGAAACCAGGAACGUGUUGGCAGAGUCGGCCCGCAUCGCCAGAGGUAGCAUUGCUGACCUGGCCAAGCUGAGCGCUGGCAGCCAUGAUGCAGUCAUCUUCCCAGGGGGCUUUGGGGCUGCCAAAAACCUGUCAUCCUUUGCUGUUGAUGGAAAGGACUGUAGUGUGAAUGAGGAGGUUGAGCGUGUCUUGAAGGACUUCCAUAAAGCUGGAAAGCCCAUUGGGUUGUGUUGCAUCUCCCCGGUGCUAGUGGCGAAGGUGCUCCCUGGUGUGGAGGUGACCGUAGGCCAUGAGGAGGAGCGAGGAGGCAGGUGGCCGUACGCCGGCACCGCCCAGGCCAUCGUCGCACUCGGCGGCAAGCACAAGGUCAAGGAGGUCACCGAGGCCCAUGUUGAUAUGAAGAAUAAGGUGGUGACCUCUCCUGCGUUCAUGUGUGACACGAAGCUACACCUGAUCUUCGAUGGGAUUGGUGCAAUGGUCCGGGAUGUCCUGAAGCUCACGGGAAAGUGAGGGCAGGCGACGCACUCGUGAUCGGACCGGUGCACGCGCUUAGUCUGCGCUUGAAGACAGAGCCACGUCUGACAUCGUCGGACAUGGAUCUGAUCGCUUUGUGAAAGCCUAAACAAAUGCAGCCUGAUUUUUUUAUUUAUUUUUUUCUCUCUCUGUAUUGGAUGACGGUGAAUCACAUUUUGAAUGCUCUUCUGCGAAUAGUUGAGUGCGAUUUGUGGGGGAGACUUGGCAUUACAACCUGCAUUGUACGUAACCUUAGUUCACUUCUGUUAAACUUUGUGUAAAGUUCAGUUCUAGCUGAUCAUUCAAGAAGGGGAGAAGAGAAAUUACUUCAAGAAAGUAGAGGUGACUUUAGCCUCAAAUGCUCUUACCCUUAUGCAAAAGCGAAUCCAGUGGGCAGACAUUAUUAAACAAAAACCUAUGUGCGAAAUUGCUUGGUUGUAGUUCUUAUUAUUGUCCAGUAGAGGGUGCACACUGCCCAUAAGGUUCUAAUUGAGGGAGUGAGUACUUCCAUUUAAAAAUGUAGGAAUAAAACUUUUUUUUUUGAAAGAAAUGUUUGGUAAGUAUUGUUCUUGAUGGUAUAACUGAAUUAAAACUGAAUUUAAAUGUGAACUGUGUGCUUGUCAAAAACCUAAUUAAAUAAUUAAAAUUA